CUACAAAGUAGUAUCGUGCGAACUCUCCUUUUAAUCGUUGUUGGCUGACACGCAAGAGCGUUCGCCCCAUUUCAAAAUAAUUUCGGACAAGUUCGCAGCAUGUCUCGCAGAAAGGAGCACGAAGAGACCGACAAGCAGACGCGUAUCGCCAUUGUCAGUGACGACAAAUGUAAACCGAAGCGUUGUCGGCAGGAAUGCAAAAAAUCAUGUCCAGUCGUGCGCAUGGGCAAAUUGUGCAUCGAGGUAACACCCACGUCGAAGAUAGCGUCAUUGUCCGAAGAGCUUUGCAUCGGUUGUGGUAUCUGUGUCAAGAAAUGUCCGUUUGAGGCAAUCACGAUUAUUAACUUGCCCAGUAACUUGGAUAAACACACAACGCAUCGUUAUAGUAAAAACUCCUUUAAAUUGCAUCGCCUGCCCAUCCCCCGUCCAGGAGAAGUGCUUGGUUUGGUCGGACAGAACGGUAUUGGCAAGUCGACGGCAUUGAAAAUUUUGGCGGGCAAGCAGAAGCCGAAUUUGGGCAAAUAUGCUAAUCCACCAGACUGGACAGAAAUUCUGAACUAUUUCCGUGGCUCUGAGCUGCAAAACUACUUCACCAAGAUAUUGGAGGACAAUCUGAGGGCGCUGGUCAAGCCACAAUAUGUGGACCAGAUUCCCAAAGCGGUGCGCGGCGCUGUCGGCGAGCUGCUGGAUAAAAAGGAUGAACGUCAAGAGCAACAUAAGAUUUGCGAAAUGUUGGACCUUUCGCACAUACGCGACCGAGAGAUUUCCCAAUUGUCUGGUGGAGAACUGCAGCGUUUUGCCAUUGCCAUGGUGUGCAUACAGAAUGCGGAUAUUUUCAUGUUUGACGAGCCCUCUUCGUACCUAGAUGUGAAACAACGUUUAAAUGCUGCCCUAACAAUUCGCUCCCUGUUGCAUCCUUCCAAAUUCAUUAUUGUUGUUGAACACGAUUUGUCUGUGCUGGAUUACUUGUCCGAUUUUAUUUGCUGUCUCUAUGGCGUUCCCGGUUGCUAUGGCGUUGUCACUAUGCCCUUUUCAGUGCGUGAAGGCAUCAACAUUUUCCUCGACGGUUUUGUGCCCACGGAGAACAUGCGUUUCCGCACGGAAUCGCUCACGUUUAAAGUCUCAGAGUCGGCCACUGAGGAGGAAAUCAAGCGCAUGAAUCAUUACGUUUAUCCAUCGAUGGUGAAAACUUUGGGCAAGUUCGAGUUAACCGUUGAGAAGGGACAUUUCAGUGAUUCGGAAAUCCUCGUGCUGCUGGGCGAGAACGGAACGGGCAAGACGACAUUUAUUCGCAUGUUGGCUGGCAAUUUGCAACCCGAUGGUGAAGUCGAAUUGCCAAUGCUGAAUAUUUCGUACAAGCCUCAAAAGAUUUCACCGAAGUUCCAAAAUCAUGUUCGCCAUUUGCUACACGACAAAAUCCGUGAUGCCUAUGUGCAUCCUCAGUUCAUUGCGGACGUUAUGAAGCCCAUGAAGAUUGAGGAGAUUAUGGAUCAAGAAGUGCAAAACCUAUCUGGAGGUGAAUUGCAACGUGUAGCUUUGGUUUUGUGCCUGGGCAAGCCCGCUGAUGUUUAUCUUAUUGACGAGCCCUCAGCCUAUUUGGAUUCGGAACAACGUUUGGUGGCGGCGAAGGUUAUUAAACGUUACAUUUUGCAUGCAAAGAAAACUGGAUUUGUGGUGGAGCACGAUUUUAUAAUGGCCACCUAUCUUGCUGAUCGCGUUAUUGUGAUUGAGGGCCAGCCCUCGGUAAAGACCACCGCGUAUUCCCCGCAAUCUCUGCUCAAUGGAAUGAACCGUUUCCUCGAACUGCUGGGAAUUACGUUCCGGCGUGAUCCCAACAACUUCAGGCCGCGCAUCAAUAAAAACAACUCUGUCAAAGAUACGGAACAGAAGCGGUCUGGCCAGUUCUUCUUCCUGGAAGACGAAGGUGGCAACUAAAAUCAGAGCUCAGGACAAUAUCAACGGUACACAAUGGGUUUCCUGCAAACAAAGUCAACUUCUCCAGACGUUUUGGGUUUUCGUUAUAUUUUUUUCCUCAUUUCCUUGUUUUCAAAAGUCAGCGUGUCUUAGAUAUUUGCAUUUUUUACCGAGCAACAACUUUGUUUUCUUUAUGCCUAUUUUGUUAUAGUUGUCAUGAAUUACGUAAAAAUUUACAAUUGUGGGAAUUAAUCAAUUAAAGUGAGUUUUUAUAUGCGUUUUGUACACAGAAA